AUGAAGGUCACCAUAGCAUCUGCUAUUGCACUUCUUCUAUCCACAACCGUCACCUCCGUCGCGGUCCCAACAUCAGACAUAGCCAAUCGCCAUAGCGAUACCAUCGCACGCUCCCAUGAAGUCUUAGAGCUUGAGGGAAGAGAUCUGGAGAAGCGCCGUGGAGGUGGUGGAGGUGGCAGAGGAGGUGGCGGUGGGAGCGGUGGCGGAGGAGGAGGACGUGGCGGAGGAGGAGGCAGCAGCAGCAGCAGCUCAGGCGGUCGUCCUUCCAGUGGUAAUCAUCCCGCAACACGUCCAGGGUCAACCAGCUCGACUAGUAACCGGGGUGGCACAUCGCCUGGCGGAUCUGGGCCGCGACCCUCGUAUGGGCGUGGUGGUUUCUACGGCGGAGGUGCUGUCGCUCCUUAUCAAUCGGGUAUCCGCUCGCCUUUGGGUGUCGCCCCCUUCUUCUUGCCCAUCGCUGCUCUUGCCUUCUUCCCAGGGCUUUGGCUAUAUGGAGCACACGUUUACCCAUACGACCACCAUUACCAUUAUAUCAACGACACAAGCAAUAGGAACGAAUCGCUGCCAGUUAUCUGCUUGUGCGGUGAAUAUGCGGAGUGCGGCUGCGAUGACAACAACAACAGCACGUACUAUGAAUCGUUGUUCAACGGAACGCAGCCUAAGAACGGCAGUAUCGUUCGGGUCACGGACGUCAAUGGCACGCAGACGAUAGUUAUCAACGGUACCUUGCCGAAUGGUACGACAGUUGACGACGCAGCUGUAGACUCAGCUGCUGCCGUGUCGAUAAUCCAGGCCAGCGGGUAUUGGGCCAUGACCGCCAUCGUUGCAGGUGCGGUCUAUACUUUGUGA